AUGGCGUUCAAAGUAAUUAUGGUUCUGGGUAUGUUAGCUUGCGCUAAAGCGAAUUACCUUACCACCGGAAUCGACCUACCGUAUCCAGGGAUCCUCAGCUACGGAUCAGCGAUCGUUCCUCCGGUGUCCACACGCAGCCUUCUUUUUCCAGGAUACGCACCAGCGACUCACAUCGAGCAGUUAGCUCAACCAUCGCCCCUACAACUGCAGGCACCGCUGUUUAACAAUUUCGCUGCCGUGCAUCCACAGACGAAGACUACUCUCAGCAAAACCCUCGUUUCGACUCCAACGUAUGUGACUAGUCAUGUUUCGGAGCGUGUGCACACAAAUGAUGCAGUAGAGCCGAGCUAUAAUCGCGCAUAUGGAUACGGUAAAAAUUACAUUGAUGCUUCUUUGCCGUAUGGUGCAAACUACGUAUACUAG